CUCUGCCUCUGUGGUGGAUAGUGGAGUGUUUCCCAUGUGGUAUUGGUGUGCUGGAUAUCCCUUCACUGGUAGCCUGGUAACAUACACUCCCAGGUCUUACUCUGCCUCUGUGGUGGAUAGUGGAGUGUUUCCCAUGUGGUAUUGGUGUGCUGGAUAUCCCUUCACUGGUAGCCUGGUAACAUAUAGUCCCAGGUCUUUCUCUGCCUCUGUGGUGGAUAGUGGAGUGUUUCCCAUGUGGUAUUGGUGUGCUGGAUAUCCCUUCACUGGUAGCCUGGUAACAUAUAGUCCCAAGUCUUUCUCUGCCUCUGUGGUGGAUAGUGGAGUGUUUCCCAUGUGGUAUUGGUGUGCUGGAUAUCCCUUCACUGGUAGCCUGGUAACAUACACUCCCAGGUCUUUCUCUGCCUCUGUGGUGGAUAGUGGAGUGUUUCCCAUGUGGUAUUGGUGUGCUGGAUAUCCCUUCACUGGUAGCCUAGUAACAUAUACUCCCAGGUCUUACUCUGCCUCUGUGGUGGAUAGUGGAGUGUUUCCCAUGUGGUAUUGGUGUGCUGGAUAUCCCUUCACUGGUAGACUAGAAACAUAUACUCCCAGGCCUUACUCUGCCUCUGUGGUGGAUAGUGGAGUGUUUCCCAUGUGGUAUUGGUGUGCUGGAUAUCCCUUCACUGGUAGCCUGGUAACAUACACUCCCAGGUCUUUCUUUGCCUCUGUGGUGGAUAGUGGAGUGUUUCCCAUGUGGUAUUGGUGUGCUGGAUAUCCCUUCACUGGUAGCCUGGUAACAUAUAGUCCCAGGUCUUUCUCUGCCUCUGUGGUGGAUAGUGGAGUGUUUCCCAUGUGGUAUUGGUAUGCUGGAUAUCCCAUCCCAACGUGCAGGACUUUACAUUUUUCUUCACUGAAUUGUAGCAACCACUUUUUGUUCCAUUCCUGUAGCUUGGUGAUGUCUCCUGGUAGGAAAUCCACAGUCAAGGGGUUAAAGUCAUUGCUUUUAGUCUUCAUCAGGUGGCAUGAAGGCUGACAUAUAAAGAAUAACAGAAGUUUAUUUUUCAUCUUGUAACGAAUAUUGGUCUGAAUAUCUCCACAUGUGUUGCUUCGCCUCCUAAUAACCCCUCCUGCCUCAACGCUAAGACCGACGCCUUACUCCACUGGCUAA